AUGUCCCUUUCAGUUCCUCUCACGCUUCCAACGAACAGCACACGUCCAAGCUAUUCAAUAACUUUUUACACGAAUGCAGAGCUCUUUUAUGAACAUGCCAUUCCCUUUCUGACCAAACAUUUGGCUGAAAAUAAUUUAAUAUUGGGAGUGAGUAGAUCUUGUGUCAUCACACCACAAAGAUAUCCCGAACGAUUUUUAAUGAUCAUUCAUUCAAGCCAUGGAACCGAGGAUGAUCAGCAACAAGAAGCAUGUUGCAAUACAGACUCCAUUGUGUUGGUCAUGGCUUGGACCAUUCCACAUCGACUAUUAUUGAGCGCACCAACGCACAAUCAAACAUUGGAAGAACGACAAUCGAUAUUGAGCGCAUGGAUGGAUCUCGUCUUGAAUGGUAGCCUUCAAGAUCGAGGGUUGAACGAAAAUUCAGAACAUAAACAAGCUCCAUGUUUCGUGGAGGAAAUUUGGGAGGAAAUUGAAAAAUUAUUAAAAAAGCAUGGGAGAGCAGUGAGUGGUGUCUUGACAGAUAAUUCAGAAGCAGAAUGGUUUGCAAAGGAAUAUUGUGAAAAAUUGAAGAAAUGUGUGAGCAGUGAAGAUGGGAUGAACAAUUUUGAAAUUCGAGAGCCAUCCAAGUUGAGAAUUUAUUCACUCAAAGCUCAAGACAUUCGACCAUGCAGAGAUUUAGAAACACAACAAAAACGUUAUGAAUUUUCAUAUUUGGAUUUAAACAAUGAAAAACAACUCGACAUGUAUAUUCAAUGCUUGGAUGAAUUUAUGAAUGAAAUAUUUCCAGAUCACAAGAAAAUGUCCAAAGAGGAAUAUAUGGAAAAUCUGAUAAACAGAGCGUUGAAGGAUGGUUUUGCUCCGUUGUGUUAUGAGAAAGAUGAUAAAGACAAGUUACCUAUUUCUGUGGCUUUGGUUAAUGGUAUUCCCAAAGCAGGAAGAGUCUCUUAUGUGUACACCUCAAAGAAGCAUAGAGGCAAAGGUGUUGCUUCCUUUCUCAUGUAUUCGCUUGUGCACGAUGUACUUGUGAAUCAUGGUGAUAUUUAUGAGGCUCUCUUUUUAUUUACAGACCUCUCCAACCCAACUUCAAACUCGGUGUAUAUGAAUAUUGGAUUUAAACCAGUACGGGAUAUGUACGAUCAAGAAAUUAAAUAUUCGAACCAUGAUUGA